AUGGGAGAGCACAUUACAAAGAGCCAAUCAACGCGGCGCUGUCACUGUUAUGGUCCUGUCAGGGCGCCGGCGUCGUGGUGCUUGGGCGGUCGCCACCAAGGGUUCUGUACGUCGGUGAGGCCAUUGUGGCGGUACGGUCUGCGGCUGUCCUCUCGCCCCCAGCCUGCGCCUCAGAAUCGCGGGCCGCAGCGUAGCGCGAGCUUGCGAGUCGGUGCCGCGCCCGCCUUGGGCUGCCUCAGCCUCCUGAGUGCUGGGAUUACAGAUCUCAGUGGAUCUAUAGCAUCCCCAGAUGUCAAAUUAAACCUCGGUGGAGAUUUUAUCAAAGAAUCUACAGCUACUACAUUUCUGAGACAAAGAGGAUAUGGUUGGCUUUUGGAAGUUGAAGAUGAUGAUCCUGAAGAUCACAAGCCACUUUUGGAAGAAUUGGAUAUCGAUCUAAAGGAUAUUUACUACAAAAUCCGAUGUGUUUUGAUGCCAAUGCCAUCGCUUGGUUUUAAUAGACAAGUGGUGAGAGACAAUCCUGACUUUUGGGGUCCUCUGGCUGUUGUUCUUUUCUUUUCUAUGAUAUCACUAUAUGGACAAUUUAGGGUGGUCUCAUGGAUCAUAACCAUUUGGAUAUUUGGCUCACUGACAAUUUUUUUACUGGCCAGAGUUCUUGGAGGAGAAGUUGCCUAUGGCCAAGUUCUUGGAGUUAUAGGAUAUUCAUUACUUCCUCUCAUUGUAAUAGCCCCUAUACUUCUGGUGGUUGGAUCGUUUGAAGUGGUAUCUACACUUAUAAAACUGUUUGGUGUGUUUUGGGCUGCCUACAGCGCUGCUUCAUUGUUAGUGGGUGAAGAAUUCAAGACCAAAAAGCCGCUCCUGAUUUAUCCAAUCUUUUUAUUAUACAUCUAUUUUUUGUCCUUAUAUACUGGGGUGUGAUCCAAGUCAUACAUGAGUAGAAAAAGACAAUGUUACCUUUGAUUUGGGCUGGGAAUUGCUGAAGGGAUUGGAGGAAACAUGGUUGGUAAAGUUUUACAUAUUUCAGAUGUAAAGGCAGGUUGAAGGUCUUUUUUAAACAAUAUUUUUUGUAUUUAAUUAAGCAAUUGCAAUUAUCUGGGAUUUUUUAGUCAGAAUUCUGAAUUCUGUUUAAUUCUUCAUAUUCUGGUGAAUAAAAUAUAAAAGCAUUGUGUUUUUAAGAUUGUGUCAGUGUUCACCUAAAAACUUGUGCCAAAAGCACCGGGAUUGGUUAUAUUUCACUUGAAGGGUAAAUUUGACAACAUCCUGAUAGUCUAAAAGUGCAAUUUUUUUCUUUAAAGAAUUUACUCCUGCAUUGCAGAUCCUGUAGAUAAAUAUUUAUAUUUAUACAUAUAUAUAUUUAUGAAGUAAUUAUUAUUCACACUAUAUAUUUCUGAAUAAUCUAAAAAAUAAGAUAUUAAACCUGAUGCUUAAACUUCCUUUAAUUUGGCCAUUAAUCUUUUAUUUUAAAAAAUUAAAUGUUUUAAGUUGUAUUUUUAAAAUUAGAGUUGCUGAUAUAGAUUUAGUUUGUGUUGGUGUGCUUUUGAAAACCAGUUUUAGAUGUCUACGAGUCUGAUUUAAACGUUCAGUUUAUCUUUUUGACCAAGGGACCAAGAGAUAUAGAUAUAAAAGAUAUGGCAUUCAUUAAAAUCAUUAAUGUGGAGAAAAACAAUAAUAAUUGUAGCAUUAGUAAAUAUUUUAAGUGGUACUUCCACAUUAGAAGUUAUGGGAAAAAGACAAACCUUGUGGUCCUAAGCAAUGUUAUAUGAAGUAGAAAACAAUAAAAUGUUUUCCAGCUGUGUGUUUUGUUUUAUAACACCUUGUCCUGUAUUACUUGACAUUUUAACAAGUGUCAGGCACUCACUAAUGUAUAAUUUUUGCUAAAUACUAAGAAAUUUUUAUUGGUGAAAUAUUUUGUAAGUCAUAGAUUCUGCAUAUACUUAUAAUUAAUAUUACUUUGUAGGGCCGGGGAUUUAGCUCAGCUGUUCGGUGGCCUGCCUUGCAAGCACAAGGACCCGAGUUC